CUCUCUCUCUCUCUUCAUCUAUAAUUUUUGUUCUCUAUUUCUCUUUCCUUACACACACACACACACACAUAUAUAUAUAUAGCUCUCAUCAUCAAAGCACAAGCUUAUCAAGAUAUCAUAGCUCUUUUGUUUGAUCUCCUCCGAGGAAAUUCUCCAAUAUUUGAGCCCAAAAAACUGCGAAGACAAUGGCCGGAUGUCUCGACGCCGCCACUGCCACCGCCUCCGAGCAACUUUGCUACAUCCCUUGCAACUUCUGCAACAUCGUCCUUGCGGUGAGUGUUCCAUGCAGCAGUCUGUUCGACAUCGUGACCGUCCGAUGCGGGCACUGCACCAAUCUGUGGUCCGUCAAUAUGGCUGCUGCUCUUCAGUCCCUUUCACGCCCUAAUUUCCAGGCGCCGAAUUAUGGGAUACCAGAGUAUAGGAAUGAGUACGGAUCAUCAUCGAGAUGCCACAACAAAGUCCCCUCCUCUAGGGUUUCUACUCGCAACGUGGGCGAACAAAGAAUCGUAAACCGUCCUCCCGAGAAGCGGCAGCGAGUACCUUCGGCAUACAAUCAGUUCAUAAAAGAGGAGAUUCAGAGGAUUAAGGCGAAUAAUCCAGACAUAAGCCACAGGGAAGCAUUUAGCACCGCUGCCAAGAACUGGGCGCACUUCCCUCAUAUCCACUUUGGUCUGAUGCUGGAGAACAACAAGCAUGCUAAGCUAGCUUAAUUAACCAAUAUGAUGAAGAGUUGGUGGAUAAGCUGAAGUACCAUGGAACAAGAACUGAGAGAAUGUCUUAAUUUACUGUUUUGCCACUUUGAUCAGUUUGAUUCUGCAUAAGUUUCCUAAAACAUUUCCUUGAUGUAAUAUUCUCGAAGAGAUCUAUCUUCAAAACUCUCAUACAUAUCUGUAACCGUAAAUAAAUUUCAUACUUAUUUAUGUAUCA